GAACUUCAUGUUUUCUCCCUGAAACUAGGUGACAGCCAAAGAGAUCAAGAUGGUCCCAAAUUACUCUACUGAAGAAACCAUUAAAAGGAUCCACGUCGACUGUCCUGUUUCAGGAAGGCACAGUUACAUCUACAUUAUGGUUCCAACUGUUUACAGCAUCAUCUUUAUCAUAGGCAUAUUUGGGAACAGCCUGGUCGUUAUUGUCAUUUACUGCUACAUGAAAUUAAAAACAGUAGCCAGCAUCUUUCUUCUCAACCUGGCACUGGCUGACUUGUGUUUUUUAAUAACUCUGCCACUCUGGGCAGCCUACACAGCCAUGGAGUACCAGUGGCCUUUUGGCAACUGUUUGUGUAAGUUAGCAUCUGCGGGGAUAAGUUUCAACCUGUACGCCAGCGUGUUCCUCCUCACCUGCCUUAGCAUUGACCGCUACCUGGCCAUAGUUCAUCCCGUCAAGUCCCGAAUUCGACGCACUAUGUUUGUUGCCAGAAUAACUUGCAUUGCCAUCUGGCUUCUCGCCGGCGUGGCCAGUUUGCCUGUCAUCAUUCACCGUAACAUAUUCUUUGCUGAGAACUUGAACAUGACAGUCUGUGGUUUUCGGUAUGACAACAAUAACACAACGCUCCGGGUCGGGUUAGGUUUAUCCAAAAAUUUGCUGGGCUUUUUAAUUCCUUUUCUGAUCAUAUUAACAAGCUACACCUUAAUUUGGAAGACCCUGAAGAAGGCAUAUCAAAUUCAAAAAAAUAGGACCAGAAAUGAUGAUAUUUUUAAGAUGAUUGUAGCAAUAGUAUUUUUCUUCUUCUUUUCCUGGAUUCCUCAUCAAGUGUUCACUUUUCUGGAUGUAUUAAUCCAAUUACAUGUAAUAACAGACUGCAAAAUCACUGAUAUUGUGGAUACAGCUAUGCCCUUUACCAUUUGCAUCGCUUACUUUAACAACUGCUUGAAUCCUUUUUUCUAUGUUUUUUUUGGAAAAAACUUUAAAAAAUACUUUCUUCAGCUAGUAAAAUACAUUCCACCGAAUGUCAGUGCACAUCCAAGCCUAACAACAAAAAUGAGCUCUCUCUCAUAUCGGCCACCAGAAAAUAUACGCUUGCCCACUAAAAAGACUGCUGGGUCUUUUGACACCGAGUGAUGCGUUUUGCAAUACACGUUUUUUGAACAACCUUGUGAACGAAGCAGCAAGAAUGACAACACUCAUCUGCAGUCCUGCACGUCACAGCUUACUGCUCAUUACAGAAACAUUAGAACACCUCAGAGAAGUCAUACUGUAAAGAUUCAGCAGUGGCCUUUUAUUUUACAUUGUGAAGAGGACUGCUGGGUUUUCAUUUUGUUUUUCUUUACUGAAAGCAACAUAAAUGGUGGACAGGCAUGUCAGAGUUUCUGUCAGCAUCCCAUCGUUUAC